GCCGGAAGUUGAGCGAGCUAAUUUGACGGAACGCUGCUAACGUGGUCUCCCAUGGAAGCAUGAGCGCAGCAGGACUUGCUUGGAAAUACAUAGGGUUCAUCAAAUUAGCAGGGAAUAUGUUACAUGUUAUGUGCUAAUACGCGUUAUGUGCUUAUACACAUCAUUGCUUCCACGUAAGUCUUUGCCAUAAUGGAUGACAAUUUGGAGAGGUCAUCACACCAAACUAAGGUUGGACGUGCAAGUUUCUAAAGCUAGCUAGCUUCUUUGCUUUAUAUUGCUAGCAGUAUACGUUGGAGCCACUUGACUGCCUACCUUUACAUUACUGACUCCUACUAAGUAACUUACUUACGUACUCAGAGUCAUGAGGUUCGUAAAGUUAUCUCUGUUGAAUGAAUUGCGACCGUAUUGUCAUUCUUUGCUUCCAAGAUUAAUUGUAAAGAAAGGGUAUCUGCCGGCAUCGGAAUGCUCCGGUUCCUCACUCAACCCCUUCCAAACUCCUGUCCGAUCUCUCUGCACCAGCUGGCCAAAGUGGAAAGAUGCGCCUCAACCUAAAGACCUAGAAUCACAAAAGUUGGACUUGGACAUCUGGAAGUCUGUAAUGAGAUCACAGGUGGCGCACGAGGAGACGCCAAGGGACUCUGACGAUGAUGCCGCCCUAGGAGAGACAGGGGUCAUGAGCAAGGACUCCCCGCUGGAGGCUACCCGUGAGCUGGUGGAAAUGUGGCAACAGGCAGGGAAGCGGGUGCCCGAAAAGAUUACCAACGAACAGCUGGAGAUUGUUGCCGAGCAUUCCACCAAGUCCGCUAAGAAAAAGUACUUGAAGUUUUUGGCCAUCAAAGAAGGUUACAAGAAGGGCAUCAAGGAGAAGCAGGAAAAGAAAAGGAUUGAAAGGCAGUCCGAAAGAGAGGAGGUGAGCAAAGAAGAUGAUGAAGGCAGCAGCAAGUUACGGAACAGUUUUUUGCUCCCGUUCUGGCAGCGCUCUUUUGACAAACUGCUUGGCUGGCAGAGUGUGCAGGCUAUGCGCUUUGGCCAGCCGCUGGUGUUCGACAUGAGCUAUGAACUGCAAAUGACACAACGCGAAACAGAAAACACAAUCUCACAACUACUAGAGUCUGAAGGAAGUAACCGACGCUCUUUAGAACCCUUUCACUUACACUUCUGCAACCUGAAUCCCGAAGGUGCCUACCACAAAGAGCUACUCAAACGCUAUAGUACUGAAACGUGGGAGAAUCUAAUGAUAACCGCCUCCCCUCAGCGGCCCAUUGACAUGUUCCCUCGCGAACAGCUGGUUUAUCUGACUGCUGAUUCGCCGAACGUGCUCCGCACCUUCGACCACAACAAGGUGUAUGUCAUCGGGGCCCUGGUGGACCGCUCCAACAUGCCUGGGGUCUCCUUGGCCAAUGCCAAGCGACUGAAACUGGCCACUGCGCGUUUGCCACUGGAUGAGCAUUUGCGCUGGGAAUGUGGUGCCAAGAACCUGACCUUAGACCAGAUGUUCCGCAUCCUGUGGACCGUCAAGCAGACAGGAAGCUGGGUUGAGGCCUUGAAGUUUGUACCCCAGAGGAAACACUCUGGCUACCCUGCCAAGAAGGGCACUAAUGACUAUAAAGGUGCAGAGGGGAGACCCACCGUGCCGGCAAAAAAAUUCAUCAGCAAACAACACUCUAGAGGUGGAGUGGAAAGUAAAACUCCUCUUGAGGGCCCGAUAGCAACUCUACUGAAAAAUAAGAUUGCUAUACGCUCAGACACUCACAAAGCUAGAAAGAACUGGUGGGAGCAGGACUAGUCAUUCAAUGGCACUGCUGCCAUGCCUUGGACCUUCAUCAGGUCAUCAGCUUAGUGCCAUUACAUUGUUUUGUCAGUCUAAGGGUGCAGAUGGCUCUUGUAUUCAGAUCUCAUCUGAUUUCUGAAGACCUCACGGAGAGGUGGGAUAUUGUCGAUGCUUUUACUGCGGUCCUGACUAAAAUGUCUGGUUACAAAUUCAUGUGGAUUUUUGGAAAUGUGAUAGACCAGUGAAAUGCAAUUAAAACGAUUUGACAGUG